AUGGAUGCGUCCUCCGGCCCGUCAUCUUCCUUCUCAGCGGCGCAUUACUUUCCGGCACGACGCCGGGUGUGGCAGGCAUGCACAAAUUGUCGGGCCCGUAAGACGCGGUGUGACGCUGCCAAGCCUAAGUGCAGCUUGUGCAUGACACAGAACGUUGAAUGCGUAUAUCGUGAUUCGAAUCAACCUCGCAUCGAGCAAAAUACACGCAUCUUGCUAGAACGCAUCCAGAUGCUUGAAGAUAGGUUGUUUGCUUCGCCAGUUUUCUCAACACAACCGCCUCAACAACCUCUCAACACACCAUCACCCAAUGAGUUGAGACAACCAACGACGCCGGGAUCGGGGCCGCGCAGUCAUCCAGAUCCAAGUCAAGACGCAGGGGUGCUAUAUGAGCAGAGGGAAGCUGGCAUAGCACCAGGCCAUGAAGGCGAUUCUCAGAUACCCAUUCCAUUAUCGCAUACGGCGAAUGCAAAUCACGUUUUUGAGUGGCCAAUUGUCCAGCAGUUGUUAUCAGAGACUGAGCCAGUACUACCACGGCCCACGAUACCUAAAGGGUUUCGCUCAACAGAGGCAACUGACAUCUUCUUUCACAAUACUCAAAAUGCGAGCCAAGCAACUCCUCCCCCGGAAUCCUGGAGACUGUUUCAAGAUAGAAGUCUUCCAGUCUCGAUCGAUGCUGCCGAUAGGUAUCGUGAGGUGAUACAUGAGUAUUUCGCUGAAGUCAACAUCUUCUUUCCGAUACUCUCGCUGGAGGAUACACUGGCCACAUUUGACGAAGUCGUAGCGAGCGAGAAAACCGCGGGGUCGGAACCCAAUACUAUUGCGCCGUCGAGAUACUGUCUUCUUUUACUGGUUCUCUGCAUCGGGUCCUUUGUUUCUACUGGAGAGUACCGCAUAUCCCUCGAUGAGGCGGCAGGAAGAAAUGGCAGUCAAAAGCAUCAGUCCCUAGGUUCCGGAUUCUUUACAGAGACUAUAGGGUUUGACGAGAAACUCUGGCAAAAGGCACGCCUACUGCUCGGGUUCAUCUCAUCGGAAGCGACCCUAGAAGCGGCUCAGUGUACGAUGCUGGCAAGUUUGUACAUGGGCGCCAAUGGCCGCGUUUCCGACUCGUUUCACUGGGCCCAUGCCACGGCUGUUAAGUGCGAAGUGCUGGCACGGGGAGCUGUGAUAAACACUGAUGGGACUGGCCAUUUCUCGGAUGCCUUCCGCCGGCUGUUCUGGGUCUCGCUGAUAUAUGAAGGAGACUUUGUUUCCGAGAUCUCCAUCACUCUCCCAUCUGGAAUCACCAGAUAUGAAGAUAUUGUCCCAUAUCCAGCACCGGAAACACCAAAACAUCGCGAAGAACACGCAGCAGCCUUUGCAGCAGCGGAUACGAACCCCACAAGCCCCGAAGCCGCUGGGUUUUACCGGACCGAAGAACUAGUGGCAUUUCAGAUCAGCACCAAUGCCGCCAUCAGACGGUUUUUGAACCGUGUAAACAGCGUCGUCUACGAUAGCAAGGAUCAAUUCCGAAUGACUCGGGCAAACUACGCCGGCUGGUUGCUGCGCAUAACAGAAGAUUUGUGGUCGUACCACGGGGCUCUGUAUCGGAACCUGCCGGACUUUUUGCUUACCAGCCAGCCGCGCAAAAGACCAGAUCAGGAGAAUGCGAGUUCCCCUAUGACGCCUGGUAUUAUCAGAGUCGAGGAGCUCGGCAACAAUCCAUGGAAUGUCCUGCGACUGAAAGGACGUUACUAUGCUGGACAAUACAUCAUUCACCGCCCGUUUAUUGAGUACGUCCUUCUCAACAUGGCCCACUUCGAGACCCAUCCCUGCAAGGAGGCAAUCCUCGACAGGUGCAGGCUGUGUCUGGAGGGAUGUCGUGGCUUUAUCAAUGUCUUCGACAUUGACCCGGCCAAUAGUAUAACAUGUUUGUUUGCUAGCGGCAUGGUUACAUUUACUAUGGUUAUGAUUCUCCGUGUCGCCACAAUGUGCCAAGUAUUUCAGGAUGUUCUUCCAGGGGACAUCGAACAUGCAAUAUUUGUUGGAAGGAGGAAUCUGCGACGGUUUAACAUCAGCGUUAAAGAGUUUGAGUGGCACCUCAAGGUAUUGGAGCAGAUGGAAGCAUCGUGUAAGAAAAGAAUGGCAAUGUGA